UAAAACCGCCCACAAAAUGGAAGAUCCAACAGAUAAGAAUUCAUGGCAAUGAGAAAAUAACCAAAACGGGAAACAGAGGUCGUCGGAGGACCUGAAGAAGAACCAUAGCUGCGAUCUGACAACAUGGAUUCCAACAUCUGGCUGCUUUUCAUUAUCUUCCUCGUCGCACAUGUAAACAUUUGUCGGGGCAAUAAUUUUACAGAGAAAGUGUUUGACGUGACUAGCUAUGGCGCGUCCCCCGACGGCCAAAAUGACAGCACGCAGGCUUUCCUUAAAGCAUGGAAUGAAGCAUGCACGACGGAUUGCGGAUUGCUAGGGAGGGCUAAGGUGUUGAUACCUGAAGGAACGUUUUUGACUGGCCCUCUAUGUUUUCGGGGGCUUUGCAAGAGCGCAAUGGUUGUGGAGGUGAAUGGAAUGAUUGUAGCGCCGACAGAUCUUCGGGUUUUUCGAAAGGAGUGGAUUGUUUUUAGGUACGUCAAUGGCCUGCUGAUAACCGGCAGUGGCGGGAUUAAUGGUCUGGGAGCAACUGCAUGGCGGAAGAGGAAAGGCAAUAGACUUCCACCGUCCCUUAAGUUGAUGAGCGUGACCAACACACAUCUCCAGUCAAUCUCUUUCACAGAUAGCAAGUUCUUCCACGUCCUUGUCGGCCAGUCAGCCCACGUUACGAUCAAAAGCAUCAAUAUAAGUGCCCCAGGCAACAGUCCCAACACGGAUGGCAUCCAUAUCAGUGAGUCAAUAGAUGUUCAAAUCCAAAAUUCUACGAUUGGUAGCGGCGACGACUGCAUCUCCAUUGGCUCUGGAAGCAAAAAUGUGACUGUCAGAAAUGUGUUCUGCGGGCCAGGCCAUGGAAUAAGUGUUGGGAGUUUGGGCAAGUAUAAGUAUGAUUUGGGCGUUGAUGGGAUCUAUGUGACGAAUUGCACGCUCUCGAGAACAACUAAUGGCGUCAGGAUCAAGACAUGGAGGGAUUCACCGGCAAUCAACGCUACCAACUUACGCUUUUAUGAUAUUGUGAUGGAGGAGGUCGAGAAUCCGAUCAUCAUAGAUCAAGAGUAUUGCCCUGGUACUUGUGAUGAUGACAAGCCACCUUCCAGGGUUAAGAUCAGCGGCGUGACCUUCGAGAAGAUAAGGGGUACUUCAGCAACUGACGUAGCAAUCAACCUCCUGUGCAGUUCUACGGUUCCAUGCGAUAUCAAGCUGAAGGACAUCGACUUAAGGCCUAUGCCUCCCAGCCCAGGCAUGUUGCCGACCGUGCCUCUCAGUACCUGUAUACAUGUCGGCAAUGCGACUGCCGAAGGAUAUAUAUUCCCCCCCGCCUGCUUCUGAAUAUGUCAUUUCAGGAUAAACUUAGUGCAUCUACAGCCUGGCUUAAACUUGCUUUGCUUAGCUGCAUACUUCUUUCUCUUCCA